UCGGACCGGUUCGGCUCCACACGCUGCAGAGACCGCGAGCCGAGCAGGAGCGUCGGCGGCACGGACACAAAGCGGCUCCCCUGCGGCCUCCCUGAGAGCAUGAACCCCGCUCCGCUCGCACGGUGGACGGCGUGUAUCUGAGCAGCGACCGCCCCCCGCGGAGCCUGCGCCGCUCGGACCGGAGUCCGCCCCUCUGCUGCAGCCGUUAGCCUGUUAGCUUAGCAUCGCGCCCCCAGUGUCGCUCCGUGCGGGACUCUUCGCCUCCAGGAGCGGACGCGUUCACCCGGAACUGCAUCCAGAGCCGCACCAGCCGCUCCCCGCUCCCAGUUCGAACCGCUGCGGGUGGAGACCCGUGUCUGUGUGCAGAAAAAGCAGCGACUACAAGAAGGCAGCGGAAGAAGGAAGUUUGUGAAGUUGACGGCUAGCCUGCUAGCUCGGUAGCCUCGGCGCCCCGCUGACCCGCAGCUGGAGGAAGUUCAUCCAGAGCUGCGAUAUGGUUCCCGACAAGCCCCCGACGGAGAACGUGUUCCACGGGUCUGAGGACCUGAAGGAGACGGCUCACAUCAGCAGCUUCCAGAAGUACAAGGAGCUCUACGUGAAGUCCAUCGAGAGUCCGGAUGAGUUCUGGGCCGACGUGGCCAAAGACUUCUUCUGGAAGACCCGGCACUCGGGCCGCUUCCUGGACUACAACUUCGAUGUGACCAAAGGCGACGUCUUCGUCAAGGUGAUGGAGGGCGCCUCCACCAACAUCUGCUACAACCUGCUGGACCGCAACGUGCACGAGCGCCGGCUGGGCGACCGGGUGGCCUUCUACUGGGAGGGAAACGAGCCUGGAGACGAGCUGAAGGUCACCUACAGACAGCUGCUGCUCCGGGUCUGCCGCUUCGCCAACGUCCUCAAGGCCCAAGGUGUGAAGAAAGGCGACCGGGUGUCCAUCUACAUGCCCAUGGUGGUGGAACUGGUGGUGGCCAUGUUGGCGUGUGUUCGUAUCGGAGCAGUUCACUCCAUCGUGUUCGCAGGGUUCUCGGCAGAGUCCCUGUGUGAGCGGAUCCUGGACUCUCAGUGUUCGCUGCUCAUCACCGCAGACGGUUUCUAUCGAGGCGAUAAGCUGAUCAACCUGAAGCUCUUAGCCGAUGAAGCGCUGCAGAAAUGCAGAGACAAAGGGUUUCCAGUGAAGAAGUGUAUCGUGUUGAAGCACUUGUCGAAGGAAACAGAGGAUAACCUGGGCUCUCAGUCUCCUCCCACUAAACGCCUCUGUCCCGAUCUGCAGCAGGAGAAUCAAACAGGCCGAGUAAAGAAAUCGCGUCCUGUCCCCCAGGUCCCGUGGAACCCGGACGUGGACCUGUGCUGGCACGCCCUGGUCCGGGCGGCGCCGGACGAGUGCGAGCCGGAGUGGUGCGACUCCGAAGACCCGCUCUUCAUCCUCUACACCAGCGGCUCCACCGGCAAGCCCAAGGGCGUCCUGCACACGCUCAGCGGCUACAUGCUCUACACCGCCGCCACCUUCAAGCUGGUGUUCGACCACCAGCCGGACGACGUGUACUGGUGCACGGCGGACAUCGGCUGGAUCACCGGACACUCCUACAUCACCUACGGCCCGCUGGCCAACGGCGCCACCAGCGUCCUGUUCGAGGGGCUGCCCACCUACCCGGACGUCGGCCGCAUGUGGGAGGUCGUGGACAAAUACCGGGUCAGCAAGUUCUACACGGCGCCGACCGCCAUCCGGCUGCUGAUGAAGUACGGCAGCGAGCCGGUGCGCCGGUUCAAGCGAGACUCCCUGAAGGUUCUGGGCACGGUGGGCGAGCCCAUCAACCCCGAGGCCUGGCACUGGUACUACAGCGUGGUGGGGGACAAACGCUGUCCCAUCGUGGACACCUUCUGGCAGACGGAGACGGGCGGUCAUGUCCUGACUCCCCUGCCUGCAGCUACGCCCAUGAAACCUGGAUCUGCUACGUUCCCGUUCUUCGGCGUGGUGCCGGCCAUCCUGAACGAGUCCGGCGAGGAGCUGGAGGGGCCCGGCGAGGGAUACCUGGUCUUCAAGCAGCCGUGGCCCGGCGUCAUGCGGACGGUGUACGGGAACCACCAGCGCUUCCAGACCACCUACUUCAAGAAGUUCCCCGGGUACUACGUGACCGGAGACGGUUGCCGUAGAGACGAGGAUGGGUACUACUGGAUCACAGGGAGGAUCGACGACAUGCUGAACGUGUCCGGCCACCUGCUGAGCACCGCCGAGGUGGAGUCGGCGCUGGUGGAGCACCCGGUGGUGGCGGAGGCGGCCGUGGUGGGCCGGCCGCACGCCGUCAAGGGCGAGAGUCUGUACUGCUUCGUCACGCUGACCGACGGCGUGGAGUUCAGCGCCGCGCUGGAGGCGGAGCUAAAGAAGCAAGUGAGGGAGAAGAUCGGAGCCAUCGCCACUCCAGACUACAUCCAGAACGCUCCUGGACUCCCCAAGACCAGAUCUGGGAAGAUCAUGCGUCGGGUUCUCCGUAAGAUCGCCUGUGACGAGCGCGACCUGGGCGACGUCUCCACGCUGGCCGACUCGUCGGUGGUGGAUCAGCUGUUCCUGAACAAACGCUGCGCCGCCGUGUGACGCGCCGCCCCGAGCCCCGGGCGACGGCGCCGCGCUCGAGCCCCGGCGGCAGACCGGCCCUCCUCGUCCCAGCCGUCCCCCCCGGCGCCGACAGUCGGAGUUUCCUCAGACUGCAGCCUUGACGGCGCCGCCGCCGCCCAGGUGUCCGCCGCUGACCAGCGGACGGCGGCUCUUCCUCUCUCGACUCCGGUGUUUAGUUUUAGUUCCUCCUAGGUUUGUUUUCCCGUUUCGGUCUUUGGAAAGACUCAAAGCGGACGUCGCUGCGACAAACCGGUCGUGAGCUGAGAGCAGAGAACCCCCGAGGUCCAGUAGAUGUUUAGUUUGGUCCAAAACUCUAAAUCUGACUGUCCGUCUGGGUUUUCCUCUUUCACCACUUCACCGUAGCUCCAGCCGCGCAGCGCGAGACGUCUCAACACUUUCAGAGGCUUAAUUCCACCCCGUCCCUUUAACCUGUUUGUCUGUUUUGUUUUUUUGGUUUAAUGGAAACUUUGAGUUUAUUUUUGACUUUUCUUCCUUGUUUUUAUGUUUGACAUUUUGACUCGAAGCCGCCUUUGCUUGUCUGGAAUAAAGAAGUUCUCGUCUCUGGAUGA